GUGCCGAGCGCGCGCAGAGGGAAGAGGUGAGCUCAGCCGAGCGGACUCGACAUGGAUGAAUAUUUACCAGAAAUCGCCAAUGACUGCGUUUGUCCUGAAGAUGCCAAGCAAGAAAUCUUGAAUGAAUGUGAGAGUAUUUGGAAGCACAUAGAAAAGUGUCAGAGCAAGCUCAGGCUUCUAGGAACGGAAACACUCUUACAAUCAGAUGCCAAGCUUUCCUUGUUAACGAUGCGAAUGAAAGGUUUAACAGCAGAAUAUAAUCAAUGGCAAAAAAGUAGUCCCGAAGAGGUAAUUUUUACCAAUCCAGAUGUACUGUUAACAUUAGGAAAAGAAGAGUUGCAGAAAGUAAAGAAUGAUCUUGAAAUGCUGCUGCUAGCAGUUCAGUCAAAGAAUAAAAAACUGGAAGAAGAUCUGAAAAGAGAACAGCAGUGGUAUGAGGAACAGGAGCAGGUACUAGAUGUUCUUAAUGGAUUUGAAGAAGAGACAACAACCCAAGUUCAACAACUUCCCCAAAACAGUUUGCAAACCGGAGCAUCUAAAGAACUGAAAAAAAAAAUGCUGAAACUAAGGGUGUAUAAGGAAGAACUCUUGAAUGCUCUGGGUAAAUUCCUAGAAGAACAUUUUCCUCUUCCAGAGAAAGGUAGAAGUGCUGAAAAGAAGAAUUCUUCUGAAGAGCCAGCUGUAGAGCUGAUAACGCUGAAUGAAAUUUUAGAGAUUCUUAUAAACAAAUUAAUGAACACACCACACGAACCCUAUGUAACGAUCAAUGACUCAUUUUGGCCACCUUAUAUUGAGCUGCUGCUGCGAUAUGGAAUUGCCCUAAGACAUCCAGCAGAUCCAAACAGAAUGCGCCUAGAAGCCUUUCACAUGUAGCGUGACCUACAUACUUAACCUUAAAACAAAGCAAAGCACCAGUACCUCUUACUUGAGGGCUAGGACAUACUUAAGUUUUAGGAUCGUCUUUUUUCAUAUCAGCAACCUCUUCUUGUAGGAUGAUGUUGUUAUUCUUUUUCUUAUUUAAUGAAACGAUAUUUGGUCAGGUUGUGAAAUAUGAAAAAAGAUAAAAAUUUCUACUUUAACUGCAAGCUAGAGGGUUUUUCCAGCUUUUCAAAGAUGCAAAUUCAGGUAAUAGACCAAGUAAAGAGGUUUUACAGUUGCUUUUACUUUAAAAAUAAUACUUUUUACAUGACUUCUCUCUUUUAUAUAAAUUUUUUAGAUUGUUUUAACUCUUAUCAAUUUCCUUAGUAUUUUGUUGUACUUUGUAGAAACAAAAUUUGAAAUAAUUCAGCUCCUCCUGUACAUGGCCUUGCAAACAUUUGGAACUAACAGUCAAGUAGCAUCUCAAGAAUGUGCUGGGUUCGGGGUGGGGAUGGGGGGUGUUUUGUUGUUUUGACUUAUUUUUAUUUUCCAUGGAACCUUUACAAACAAAUUUAAUUGCUUUAAGAUAACCAUUUGCAAAAGCUGACAUAUCUUUCUGUGCAAAGGGCUGCAGAUGUUGAGUGUGCAACUCUACCACUGCAUGCUUCCUAAAUGGUCCAUAUUGUGUUAUGCUAUAUUGCAUAGUAUCUGUCUUCGCUUUUUCAGAUCUAGUUUAUCAAAGCUUAUAACAGAUCUCUGUUCUGUUGAUUUCUACAGUUUCUAAGUAUGCCAGUUGAUAGUUACCUUCAGAAUAAAUGCUAGCGUUCUGUGUCAUCCUAAUCUGCUUUUCUAUAGCCUUCAUUAUUGUAGUCCAUGGGAGCACAAAAUUCUACUCUUGUGUAUCUAUAAUGACCAUAACCUUGGGAAA